CACUUGACAUUCCGCACAAUCGCAAUUGAAACAAAAUAUCAAUUUUAAGAAUGUAAUUUAUUACGAAUGAUUUGUAUAUGACUUAAUUAAAACAUUAUUUUAACAAUGAGCAGUGACGAAUCGGAGGAAAACGUUAUUCGUUAUGGAACCCCUCUAGAUCCUUUUGAAGAAGAUGAAGUACCAUUGAAAAGAAAAUUUCAGCAACAACCCGAUCAGUAUGCAGUUGAUGAGCAUGGUAGGAGGAGGUUCCAUGGAGCUUUCACUGGAGGCUUUUCAGCGGGUUAUGGAAACACCGUUGGGACACCAGAAGGAUGGGCCCCAAGUAGUUUUAAAAGUUCACGUUCGGAGAAGGCUCAGAUUUCAAAUCAAAGACCCGAAGACUUCAUGGAUGAAGAAGAUCGUUCAGAGUAUGGGAUCGCACCUCGCAAUCUGCAGACCAAAAGUGAGUUCUCCGGACAAAAGAGGUUGCAUUACAGAGGAUUUCACGAUGGGCCUAUACCUGGUGAACCAGUAUUAGGACAGUUACUCCGGGCGGUCCAUGAGACAGCAGCAGUGAAGAUGCUUCGUAAAAUGGGGUGGAAGGAAGGCCAGGGGGUGGGGGGUAGACUGACUCGUAGCGACAAGAAACGUGCUAAAGAUCAGCAUAAAGUAUAUGGCUGUUAUAUGCCCACCGAGAUGAGACAGGAAAAUAAAGAAGAAUCAGAUGAAAGUACAGACUCAGAAUUUGACUAUGAAACAUUAUUUGCACCGGACGAUUAUGAACCUUAUAUGCUCCAACGCAAGAACGACCGCUUCGGACUCGGCUACAAGGGUCUCAGUCGGCAUUCUGUGCUCGGGAACUUGACUGGAGAAUAUGAUAACGCUGGAAAUUCUAGAAGUCAUCUGGUUAUGAAAGAAAAAGGGAAAAAGGUGUCGAUAAGGGGACAAGCCUUCGGAGUAGGAGCCUUUGAAGCAGAUGACGACGACGUGUACGACACUCAUGAUAUGUCACACUACGACUUCGAGAUAGGUGGCGCCACUGAGAUAAAGGACAAGAAAAAACUCCAAACUAAAAGUUCUAAUGUGCUAGAAGGGUUCGUGAAAGCCAGCAAGCCGCUGCCCUCAGUGGCUCACUACCCCCCGCCCGCCCUGCCGCGGGACUUCGCCCCUGCGCCCGCCGGGGCCCGGCGCUCCCGCUUCGACGCCACCGAGGCCCCGCAGAGGGAUCAAGGUCUAGGACGUCAUGAACUAACAGCUGAAGCAAGAGGCGCGAUACUCGGAGAAACGCCUCUCCCAAAAACACAAGAACAGACACACUCACAAACACAAGAAACAAACUUAACCAAACUACUCGGAAAGAGUAUCGAUUUCGUUUCAACAGAUACACAAAAAGAUAAAGAAAAAGAAAUAGAUUUUAUAUCUAUAAAAGAUACAGGAAAAGAUAUAAACGUUUUCAAACCGUUUAUAAGCGAUCCCAAGAAACAGGCGCGAUAUGAAGAGUAUUUAAGAGAUAAAGAGAGUGGAAAAGAAACAGAUAGAGUUAGUAGAGAUACAGGAAGAGAUAGGUUGAGUGAGUGGGAGAUAAAUAGAGAAAUGAUAGAGUUCGAACAAGCUGCCAAAUUGUAUAGACCUUUAUCUGGAAUUAUGGGAGAUAGGUUCACACACGCCUCAGAACCAGACGAAGGUGCUUUAAAUCCCCUCACCGCUGUAGCUAAGAGCUCAGUCAAUUACGGUUUAGCAACUCCUGAGCAAAUAGAGGCUGCUAAAAUGGGCGCGUACGGUACAAUGACUAGAAAGGAAACGAAAUGGCGACCGGAAGCUUUAGUGUGCAAGAGGUUUAAUGUACCGGAAAUCGGGGAAAGAAGUGAACCUAAGAAAGAUGAAAAAUCAAAAGUGUCAUAUUCAAUUUUCUCAUAUAUGGAAUCUUCAGUUCACGACAAAGAAAGUUUUACGAAAGAACAGAGCAAAUUCAGCGGAUCUAAAUCAUUAAAUGUUGAUAAACAAAAUAAAACUGACAAGCCAGUUGAGGUUAAAAAGCAAGUAGAUAAGCCAGUGUCAACAGAAAUAAAUACUGGACCUUACAAGAGAAUGACUGUAGCAGAACUAUUCAUGAAAGAGUCUGAAAAAGAUUUGCAAACUAAAGAUAAAGAGACAGAAACAGUGCAAACAAUAGAAAAGUUUGAUAAAAUGGAUCUUUAUAAGUCUAUAUUUUUAAGUGACAGUGAAAAUGAGGAAAUUACUGAAGAAACAAAAAGCACUGAUUAUAAAGAUUUUAUAGAAAAACCACUAAAUGUUGAAAGAAACACAUCUCCACCGAGAGGAAUUUUUGCUAAUAUCGAUUUUGAUGAACUAAAUUCUUGGAAGAGGCAGUCUGAAAAUAAAACUACAGAUACCAAAGAAAAAUCCGACCAGAAAACUACAAAUUCAUUAAAUAAUGAAGCAAAAGAAAUAAACGAUAAUUCAAAAGAAAAAAUAGAUAAAACUGGCCAAAUAGAAAACACAGAUAGUAUUUUACCGGAAGCAGUGUAUGGUCCGAAAAUUCCAGAAAAUUUACAAAAGAGAUUAGAAGAAAUGCCUGAAAAUAAUUUCAAACCCGUUUUUAGGAGAAAAGAUGAGAGGGAUCUCGAUGAAUCUUCCAGCUCUGAUUCAUGGGUCGAAGCGAAGGUUAAAACGAAAAAGGAAAAGAAAAAGAAAAACAAAAAGCACAAGUCGAAAAAGAAAUCAAAGCAUAAGAAAAAAGAUAGAUAAAUUGUUAAUGAUAAUAAUGUUGUUUUUUUUUUGUUAUUCCAUUAUUAAACAUGUUUAUUG